UUAUUAUAUUAACGUAACAACCAAAACUAAGAUAUUGAUGUGUUCAGAUUAAUUCUUUUCAAAAUUGAUAGAGUAUUCAACAAGCACACAAAAAGUGUAUAAAAAAUGUUUAAGAGAAUUUUAAUUGUGUUCUUUUUGUGUUCCGUUUAUAAAACAUGUGUCGGUUUUAAGUUGAAAUUUAAUGAAUACAGUGAUCAAAGUGUAUGUAAUACUUUACGUGUGAAUGAAACAAAAAACACUGAUAAUAAUAAAUACAGUGACAAUAGUGCUCAAAAUGAAGAAUAUGUUUCUUGCGCUAUAACAGAAGAAUUUCCUUUGACUAAUGGGAUUAUACAAGCGUCUAUAGAUGUAAAAAAAUCACAGAAUGUUGAAUUAUCGUUAAUGGUUUUUAAAGAAAAUAUCAUCAUCGGAAAUGAAACCAAAACCUUUGCUUAUGAAGUAGGUGUUAUCCGACAACAGAUAACAGUCCAGAUAUCAGCACAUGGUCGUGGAUACGCUAUUAUUUUGGGGCGAGCUAAAAAAAGAUCUUCGGUAGCUGUCCAGUCAAUCUCUUUCUCCCCGUUUUCUCAAACUGAGCAAUUAGACAUAUCGUCUUAUAAUGAACCAUUAGCCAUAAAACACGUUUUAGCAAAUAAUGAAAUUAAAAACAAUGCUCUACAAUUCCCUAUCGAGACGGAUGUAUCGCCUUUGGAGAAUACUAUCGGUAUACCAGCACUUAGUGAAAUUAAUACAUCAAAUACGAGGCUAGAACCAGCGACGACUAUAGUCACUGUUCCUUUUCCAUCUGUCGGUGGGCAACCAACAACAACAAGUACAACACCUUUAGUAACAGUUCCAUUCCCUACUGUCGGCGAGCUACCAACAACAAAAAGUAAAACACCUUCAGUAACAGUUCCUUUCCCUACUGUCGGUGAGCUACCAACAACAACAAGUGCAACACCAUCAGUAACAGUUCCAUUCCCUACUGUCGGUGAGCUACAAACAACAACAAGUACAACUCCUUUAGUAACAGUUCCACUCCCUACUGUUGGUGAACUACCAACAACAACAAGUACAACACCUGUAGUAACAAUUCCAUUCCCUACUGUUGGUGAACUACCAACAAUAACAAGUACAACACCUUUAGUAACAGUCCCAUUCCCUACUGUUGUUGAACUACAGACAACAACAAGUACAACUCCUUUAGUAACAAUUCCGUUCCCUACAAUCGGAGAGCUCGAUUUCCCAAGUACAACUGUUGAACCAUCUACAUCCGAUGUAACUACGGAAGAAACUGUAUGGGAUGGUGUCAUCACUGUACCAUUUCCAACAGUUAGUGAAAUUGUUGUUACAACGGAACCACCAGGAGUUGAAACAACUGAAACCGUUGAAGAAACGACGCCUGUUGAUUCAGAAGAUGUCGGUGCAUUAGAAUCGUUCGUUCUAUUCUUGAUAUUAAGAACGAUCGCAGCGACAUUAGUAAUAGUGGGUUUAGCGUGUUGGUGGUUUUUUGCUUAUGGAAAAGCGCUUUUAUGCAAGAGAACUGUGUAAUAAGGCGGAACUUUCCAAAUAUUAAAAUGUUUUCCUAGCAGGAACGGACUAAAGGCAUGUAAAUAUGAGUGAUCAAAACCAUAAAUAGAUCAUCUUUUAAUUGGUUGUAAGUUUAAUAUAAUAAUUUAUGUUUGUUGACCCUUUGUCAACUUACAAACAUUUAAAAUUUUGUAUUCAUACAUUUUGUUAAUGCAGUAUAUUUAAUUUUAUGAUUAAAUCCGAUAUAUUAAUGUUACUAAAUUACUAAAACGUGUUUAUUAGUAUUUCAUCGUACAAUGAGUUACAUUUUAAGUCAUAGAAAUUAAGACAAAUUAUGCAGGCUCAUUUUGACAUUGCGAUAUCAAAUUAAACCACAUAAUCGUCUUCAUCUCUGCUAACAUUGUGCCACAAAUCCCAGUUUUAAUUUUCUGAUCAUUCUGAACUUUUGUACGAUAUCAUCAAUAUGGGGUGUGCGUGAAUGUAUUUCUGACUGAUAGUAGGACAUUGCCGCUUUCUCUUAGUAGCAGCAUGAGGUCAUGUACAAUUAAAAUUACUUUUUAUUAAUAUUUACUUUGUUCGAAUCCAACACUCUUUUAUUUUACAUUUACGGUUCGAGUAACUUAUUGUAAAGAGUGAUUUUCAAAAAAAUAAUUGGGUGGUUUCAUUUAGUAAUGCAAUAUGAAAAUGAUUGUAUACUUAAGAAUUAUUGAUAUUAUAAUUUAUUUGAUAUUAUUUUAAUAUAGUAUAGCAGCUGUGCAUGCGUGAUAGUCCGUUCCGAAUGAAUUGAUGAAUUAUGCGGCUUCUUAUAAAUCAUAUAAUUGUCGGAUUUGUAGCUUCAAAAGUUACUUCAUAUAAAAUUAUUUAUGCUAUAGCCAAACUACCGUCUAAUGUCAUUGAUUAUCGCAUUAAUCGAGUAUUUAAAUAUUUCGAUGAAUGAACGAUUAAGAUUAAUAUUUCUAUAAGAUUGUAAAAUAAAUUAUUUGUUUGCAUUUGUAAAUAACGCAGUUAUUUCACAUUAUGCGAUUAACAUUUUUUUUUUUAUUUAACGCAGUAUUUUUAAUAUUUAUUUUUAAAGUUUUUUGUGUGUAGUGUGGCCUUGUUUUUACAGAAUUUACUUAUAUUUACUUUAAAACUUGUGAUUUUAUAUAAAAAUACGGGGGUAUGUAGUUAUUUAAGAUUAU